GCCCGAUUCAAACCGGCCGCCCGCGCGGUGCGGCCAAUCGCCGCACGGCGCAGCGGUGGUUUGCAUCGCGUGUCCGCCAAUCGUCCGUGAUGUUGUACGCGAGGUUCGUCGCGACAUCGUGUCGUGCCAUCGGAACACGGUCGUUCGCGUUUCCUGGAUCGCAUGGAACGUCUAGACGCACGGUGGGCGACCGCGCUCUCAACCGCGGUCAGGUAUCGCGCGAGGACCUGCGCGAGAAUUACCUGAGAAUACUCGAGAAGUGCAAGUCGAAGAAAUUGCCGCAAGAUGUGAAUCCCAAAGGCGUGUUUGCCUGCAACGAGCUCGAUUUGAAAGAGGUCCAGGUCUAUGGAUUCGAUUACGAUUACACGCUGGCGUGUUACAAGCCAUCUAUGGACUACUUACUUUACAGCCUGGGUCGCGAUAUGCUUAUUAAAAAAUAUAAGUAUCCAGAGGGGAUUGCCAAUCUAGAGUACAGAGAAAAUUUCGCCGUUCGCGGCCUCCAUUACGACAUCGAGAAAGGUCUCCUGUUGAAACUCGACAGCUUCUUGCAAAUUCAAUUGGGGGCCGUUUAUCGUGGCUUGCAUCCCGUACCCGAUGAAGAGGUUCUUCGAAUCUACAAGAACAGGAUAAUACCAAUAGCUUAUGUGGAGGCACCUCACAAACACUCUUACGAUGCUGUACAUCGCUCGAAAAUGGUGCAAUUAGCCGAUUUGUUUUCGGUACCAGAAAUAUGUCUAUUAUGUAAUGUCACGGAGUAUUUUCUACAAAAUCACAUUGAUUAUCAUCCGGAGAUACUGUUCAGAGACGUUAAGAACUCUGUGCAAAGUUGCCAUCCUAUAAUGCAUCGACUAGUAGUGGAAAAUGUGUCUGAAUACUUGGAACAGAAUAAAGAUUUAAGGAGAUUUUUCGAUCGACUUCGAAAUGCCGGCAAAAAGACGUUUCUGGUCACAAACAGUCCUUUUCAUUUCGUUAACAACGGAAUGCAAUUUCUGGUUGGCGAAAAUUGGAAGAAUUACUUCGACGUAGUAAUUGUUCAAGCGAGAAAACCAAAAUUUUUCACUGAAGAAACGCGCCCUUUGAGAAUCUACGAUGAAGUUAAACAGACGCAACUGUGGGAUAGAGUCACUAAACUCAACAAGGGUAUCAUAUAUCUUGAGGGAACAGUUAAACAGUUGCAAGAUAUGACCGGAUGGCAAGGACAUCAAGUAUUGUACUUUGGUGAUCAUCCAUACAGCGACCUGGCAGACGUGACUUUAGAACAUGGCUGGCGAACGGGAGCAAUUAUAAAAGAAUUGACGCACGAAAUCGAAACCUUGAAUGAUCCGAAAUUCAAAGAAAACGCGAACUGGCUCCAAAUGUUAACCGGUCUAAUUGAGGAACAUCAGGAUUAUGAAGGACCUGAAGUACAAAAUGAAUUGGACGAAUGGAUGAGGGAACGAGAUCAAUUAAGAAACGAGAUUAAAUCUGUCUUCAACGAACAAUUCGGCUCGGUGUUCAGAACAUAUCAUAAUCCGACUUAUUUCUCUAGAAGACUGUUUAGAUUCGCUGAUAUCUAUAUGAGCUCGAUUACAAACCUAUUAGAAUACUCCACAAGUCAUACGUUUUAUCCUAGGAGAGGUGUAAUGCCUCACGAGUAUACUAGUUAUUUCGUAUAAAAUGUUUUUAAAAAUAUUUAUUGUUCUUAUAUAUUUUAGAGCGUAUAUAUUUUAUAGAGAAUAGUUUCGAUGAGAAAAGCUAUGUAUUCGACGUCAUAAUAUAAAGCCUUCAUAACAGAGAAUUACCAGUUCCGCUCACAAUACUUCCGCCUUAUUAUUAGAUAUGCAUGCAUAAUUUACAUGUAUAUGCAAUGUGAAUCUAUAUCGAUCACCAUUAAUGCGCUUUUACAGCCGCGUAGUUACAGGUAAUCUGCAUCGAAAUGUAAUGUAUGUAAACAUGAUAAAACGGACGGGCGUAGAGAUUACGAAGGCUGUUACGUUAUUAUUAUUAUUAUUAUUACCAUGACAAUAGCUGUAUUAUAUAAAAUGAAGUUGUAAGGAGUAAAUGUACAGAAUAGAGGAAAAGUCGAGUAAUUAUACACAAAGUAUUAUUGAGCUACGAAACUUAUAACACAUUUUAAGAUUUAAUAAUUAAAGUUUAUUUUUCGUAAAUGAUAUAAGAAAAAGAGAUAAUGUGCUUUUGCGUAAUUAGAACGAGAUAU